GCCCUCAGUUCUGUUCAGAGAAACCUAAAUUAGCAUACUCUUGCUCCUAUAACCUUUAUGACAUACCCAGAGCCUUUCGUUGCAUUCCUCAUGAUAACAAGAAAAACCUUCUGUAUAAGUUCCAUUUGUUCACCACCUUGUUUAAAGUGCAGGCUCACUGUAUGACAGUUACUGAGUUUGAAAUCUUCUGCUAGAAUUUCACAUGAACAGAUAAGGCCUUCUUUGACUUGACAAAAGCAGAUGUGAGUUUGUUCAUACAGAAAAAAAGUAAAGCUGAGAGAUGGGCAAAGUCGUACGAGUUGCUACACAUUAGUUUCUACUUAGUUUUCUUCUCUUUCCAAGAGAGUCUUAUAUUUUCACAUGGCUUUAAAUUUUUCAACCGCUUUUAUUAUCUGAACGUUUCCAUUUAAGUUGAUCCUUGAUUCCAUUAUAUUCCUGAACAGUAGAUGAUUCUAAAAUUUUGCCUAGCCUUAAUUUCCUGUUUAUGUCUCUUAAUUCUGAGAACUGGAUUGACACUGUGCCAGCAUUGUGAAAUUUUUGUUUGUCUUCAGAAUCAUCAGGCUGUCCUGAAAACUGGCCAACUUAUAAAUUUUGUUGUUGCUGUGGCAGGUCUACAGGGUACUCUGCCCACUGGAACUCUAGUUGCCAUAAAACGAGCACAGCAGGGAUCUAUGCAGGGUGGGUUCGAGUUCAAAAACGAGAUUGAGCUUCUAUCAAGAGUCCAUCAUAAGAAUCUUGUCACCCUUGUCGGAUUUUGUUUUGAGCAAAGUGAACAAUUGCUAGUGUACGAGUUCCUUCCAAAUGGUACCCUCAAAGAGAGUCUCUCAGGAAAGUCAGGAAUAAGGUUGGAUUGGGCAAGAAGACUCAAAGUAUCCAUUGGUGCAGCCCGAGGUCUGGCUUAUCUUCAUGAGCUUGCUAAUCCUCCGAUCAUACAUAGGGACAUAAAAUCAACCAACAUCCUAUUGGAUGAUCACUUGAAUGCAAAAGUUGCUGAUUUUGGUCUCUCCAAGCUCGUGGGAGAAGAUGAAAGGGGUCAUGUCACCACUCAAGUCAAAGGAACAAUGGGCUACUUGGAUCCUGAAUACUACAUGACGCAGCAGCUGACUGAGAAGAGCGAUGUCUAUGGCUUCGGAGUAUUGAUGCUGGAACUCCUUACAGCCAGAAGGCCAAUAGAGCAGGGCAGAUAUAUUGUGAGAGAAGUGAGGGUGCUCAUGAAUAAGGACAAAGAUUUGUACAAUCUGCAGGGGAUUCUCGACCCAGCCAUUGGUCUGGGCACGUCUUUGAAGGGUCUCGAGAGGUUUGUGGAGUUAGCAAUGAGAUGUGUGGAAGAAUCAGGAGCAGACAGGCCAACCAUGGGAGAGGUGGUGAAGGAAAUCGAGAACAUCAUGGUUUUCGAGGGUUUGAAUCCAAAGGCCGAAUCCGCAACCGCUUCAGCCAGUUAUGAAGAGGCGAGUAAGGGGUAUUCCACACAUCCCUACAGCAACGAGGACUUCUUAGAGUAUAGUGGGGGCUUCCCACCUUCAAGGAUCGAACCCCAGUAGGCAAAUUACAGUCAUGAUCAGCUUCAGUGUACAUUAAGAAAAUCAAACUAGCAUAUGUAGUCAUGACCAACUCUUUCCAGAUGUUCAGAUCUUGUGAUGUUUGUAUCCUAUCGAGAAUAUCAUGUAAAAUUGCUGGCCUCUAUUUGUAAGUAGAAUUCUGAAGGAAGUGAUCAUUCAUCUUCCACCUGUA